GAGAGAGACAGAGAUCGUCUUCUUGUCACCUCCAUUUUUGUCUUUUCCCUGGCUGUUUCAUCUUUCUUUCUUCUGUGAUUUGGUAAUAAUGACGGCAUUGCUCUCUUUGAUAAGAUUUCUCGUUUGAGAUAAAUUGAUUUUCUUCAUAUAUAAGAGUGGGGAAGCUUUUUGCCAACAAUGGGGAAGGAAGACGAGCGAACUGAAAAGGCGAUCAGGAGUUUGCUGAAGCUUCCUGAGAAUCGAAGAUGCAUCAAUUGCAACAGUCUGGGUCCACAAUAUGUCUGCUCAACGUUCUGGACUUUUGUCUGCAUCAACUGCAGCGGAAUCCAUCGAGAGUUUACACAUCGUGUGAAAUCUAUAUCAAUGGCCAAGUUCACAGCAGAAGAAGUUAGUGCACUUCGCGCAGGAGGAAACGAGCGAGCCAGACAAAUAUAUUUUAAAGAAUGGGAUACUAAGCGUGAUGCUUACCCUGAUGCCAGUAAUAUUUUCAAGCUCAGAGACUUUAUCAAAAGUGUCUAUGUGGAUAAAAGAUACAGUAGUGAGAGCAAUGACAAGAUCUCACAGCAAAAACCGGCUGUGACUGAAGAUUUCAAGGAAAGCAUGAAGGCCAGUGCAAACUUCUUGGGAUCUAAAAGCUUUCACUCUAUUGAUAAAUCUGAAACUGGAGGGAAAAGUGGGAACAAAUCUCUUAAGUUUUAUUUUGAAGACAAGGAACCUAAACAACAACAACAACAACCACAACAUGUUACGCAUAACCCAAAGUCUAGAGGUUUACCAAAGAGUCCCAUCCGGUUUGAGAUUGUUGAUGAUAGGUACAGAGACGAUGGAAGUGUUAAGAGAUACGAUGCACGUAGAGAGCCAAGAGGAAGCUCCAAAUCACUAGACCUCUCUAACAACAAGGAAACUUUCGGUUUGCCAAUUGUACGCCAUGCCAGUGAACUCAUAGGCGAGAAUCAUCCUCGUUUGCGCGUAGAAAAGGUUGUCAAAGUUGAAAAAGAGAAGGAUCCAGUUAACAAUCAGUUGGCUGCAUCAUCUAGUAAAAUGAAGAGUCAAGGAAGUUUAAUUGAUGAUGUACCAGUUUCAGAACCUUGUGAUGAUAGCAUCAGUCAGGGUUCAAAUGAAGUUUCUACGCCUCAGAAGAGGACUGAGGGUCCAGCUCCUAACUCUUUGGAAGCUUUGUUGUUUGGAUUCUCUGAGGACAAUUAUCCAGCAGCCAACCUUGAGAUCCCAGCGAUGCCAAAAACACAAGACAGUGUUACCUCUUCUGUCACAGAACCUACAGUUUCGCAUGCCGGUUCUUUAGAGCUAGCUCUUAUUCCUCCUCCUGCUGCUGCUGAUAACUUAAAAGAUAUGAAUACAACAAGUGCAGCUGAACAUAACCAGGUGGAGUCAUCUACACCACCUAAGGAACCAUCAGAUACCUCUAUGGAACAAUCAAUACUGUGUAUAUCAAAUUAUGCUCAUGGUGAUCAUCAAGAAGAGACAAACCCAAACGUAAGAAGUGCACUUCCUGAGGACCUUUUCUCUGGAGGCUUCUCAUUUGCCUCCCCGCAAGUUCAUGCUCAACAUCAUGGCAUGGGAUAUGGCAUGCAAUAUUAUCAAUAUCCUGUGCAGGCUACUACUGGAGCUUAUACAUAUACAUCAAAACCAUCAAAUCCCUUUGAUCUUAGCUAUGAUGACGAUACAUGUCCAAACCAAACACCACAAUAUCAUUCAACCGCAUACGUACAGGGAGGAGGCUUGCCUCUUGUGUCAGUUCCAAGAGGUGUUUCAGAUUCUUCAAGCAUGGCUGCAGAUUCCUUUGGACUAAUGAUGGCCUCUCAGUCGCCUUAUUACGCACCCGCUUUAUCUCCAACCUCUCCAUCUUUUGCCUCCAAUCUUUCCCCUGGUGCAUACGCAGGACAGCAACCACAUGUGAACAUGUCCCCAUCUUUCAGAAGGGAAGAGAUGAAUAGCAUGGGUAAUGCAGAAACUACUUACAACGCUGCACACUCAUAUCAUCAAGCAAACUUUAAUGGAUAUCCUUCUUCAAACCCAAAUGCUUAUAUUUCUAGAGGAAAUCCCUUUGACUGAGAGAGAGCUUGACGUCUGAGUUGCAAACACUCGGAGCAUUUUUCAUGGAAGUUGAAUGAGAUAUAAGCGUUAUGAUUUUGACUCACAAAAAGCUUGAAUGUGCUUCAAGAUGAAACAGAGGUUUCCACUUGUCCACCAUCUUCAACGUCCCUUAAUACUCUCUUUUUAAACCUAUCUUUCUUUAAUUGCUUAUUGCUCAAAUGUGGGAGGAUUUCACUUGUA